AUGAAAAAAAAGAGCAUAAUAAGAACAAUACUACUGCUGGGUAUACUUAUUUUCCCAUCAGUAGAAUCUAUAUUACCUAUAACAAAUCCAGAGACACAUAUUGGUAUAAAAGAAAGUAAAAACAUAGAGAGCCUUGAAAGAAUGCAUAACAGCUCUAAAUCAUCAGACGAGAUUGAUGGGGAGGAUAGCACCAACAUCGCUAGAUUUAAAAAUGAAAAUAAAAAUGCAGAUAUAAAAUUAGCUACUUUUUCAAAGCCAAACCAGAUUUACUCUAGUGAAAAUACUACUAUAGACACAGGAAGAAAGACACUUCAAGCAGAGAAUCUAGCAUCUACUAGCUUAUUAAGUAUAUAUACUCCAUUGGACACAGAAGAUAUUCUCUCAACUACCUAUAAAACAGAGCCAGAGCUACAUAUCAAAAAUGCGCCUAACACACACCCAGUGUCUACAAAAUACACUUUCUCAGAGAAAUGUAUAGAACAAAAAGAUAGCGAAAUGACGAAUUUAUAUUCAGCAAUAAGCGAUUCACAAGAAUUAGCAUCAGAAUAUUCCUCUAAUUUAGAAAAAAUACAGCUGAUGAAAAUGCUUGAGAGUAUUGUUAUAAAACAUACGCAUCUGCCUAAACUAGUCCAUUCUAAUGAUUUCAAAAUUAUUCAUUCAAUUUUUACAAACAAAGAUAGAAAUGUAGCUAAAAUAUUCAGAGUUUCAGGUAAAAUAGAAAACAAAACACUAUGGGAGGUGCUGCGGGCAUGUGAAGAAGGAGAUUAUAUAGACAUAAAUAACAACUGCACCGAUCAUAUUCUUCGAGUCACUCUUUUGUAUCCCUCUAAUUUAAUAUACAUUCCACUUAUUGUGCAUGCAUUGCUUACACUCUAUGACCCAACCAAGAUUUCCGAUACUUGUUUAACACUAUCUCAAUUUGACUUUUUGCCCAAUAAGAAUAUAUUCAACGACUUUCAAGUGUUUAAAACAAUACAGAAACUCACAAUAUCUAAUGUGACAAUUUGCACCAGUGCAUUAAACACAUUGUGUGGGUUUACUAAUUUAAAAGAACUGUCCUUUGAAACAGACACAGUCUUAUACUCUAAUAAUACUAUCCUGCGCAUGCAUUUGCCUAAUUUAGAAAGCCUCAAAAUACAUUGCAUUAACAAAUACUAUGCAAAUUUGAUACUUACUGGAUUAAACUCAUGCAAUAAUCUUAAAAGUUUAGAUAUAAUAGGCAUUGAUUUUAUGGAUACAAUGGGCCUAAAUUUUAUAUCGAAUCAUAUGAGCAUAGCUUCGCUCACUUUAAAGAACAUAGUGUUCGACGGCUGCCCGGACUUUUUUUUUCUUAAAAGAAUGCAGGCUCUCAAAAGAUUAACUAUGAGAAGUAUUUUCUACUCAUACACAGAAAAAUUUAAAAUAGAAGAUUUAAGUGUAAUUAAGCAGAAUUAUAACUAUAUAAACUUAGACUUAGGAUAUUCGGGCAGCAAAAUACCUGAAGACUAUGAAAAUAUAAUAACAAGAAACCGUGAAGUUGGAAAGGGCAUCUCUCUUACAGAUCUUUGUAUAGACAAUAAGCUGUACAAAGAUCUAGGGCUGGAUAAAAUAGAGCCAGUAAAGGGCCACAGACACAAUAUAUGUAUUGCAUUUGCAAAUAACAUAGAAUGUGGCUGGGUAGAUUCAAUUUUAUUAGAAUUCAGUCUAAGCAGCACGCACUACCAACUUGAUAUUAACACCAAGCCGUGCACUAAAAUUCCUAUGGCAAUGCUGCUAGAAUACAUUCGCAAUAUUGCUUUCCCAUUUUUACAGGCUAAAACUAUUGAAAAAAUACAUCUACUAAACUCUCUUAAUAUAUUCAAGAAAAAUGCAAUAAUGGGCAUUCUUUCAGAUCAAAUUAUGAAGUAUGCAAAGAACAACAAGAUAAAACGUUUAAAACUAAUGUCUUUAGUGCCUUCAACAGCAAUAGACCUGUAUAAGAUUAUUAUGUUUAAUAAUAGUAUGCCAGAUCUCUAUGGGGUAGAUUUAAUAAACAUUGAAUUUGUAUUAACUAAUACCAAACCUACAAGUCAGGAUGAAGAAAGUGUUAUGAAAUACUACAAAGAAUAUAUCCAAGCUAACACUAGCUCGUUUUAUUUUAAACUAUGCACAUUUGUCAAAAAUGGAAGUGCUUUUAAAAUUACAGGGCAUCCAUAA